CGUGUGAGGAACACUGCAGCUCUCGUAAGCGAUGCGUCAUAACGAUACGAUUACGAUGCGUGUGCGAAGGCCCUUGCUUGGUAUACGUCAAAUCUAUUGUACGUAUGCGUUUUACGUCAGUCGUGGUUGGUGUGUGGCCCUUGACCUAGGUUUCUAGAGAUAACGCAUAUUUGGCAACCUUGGAAAUUGUAUAACCUCGUGCGUUUAACGUCAGAUGUCAAGUACGAUGUCACCUCUUCGACCGACUGUUCACUUUGGUGCCUGUUGAAAAAAUUUGAAAUUUUUCGAUCUCGUAAAUUACUGGUCCAUUUAUUACUUUCGAAGCAAUAAGUAGGUUUUAAAGAUGCAAGGAAAUCUGUGGAAAGUCGUUGCAGGCACAACAAAGCGAAACUUGAAAUACAAUCAGAGGAUAAUCACCCUCCUACAAGGUAGGGCAUACUCAACCACCCAUGACGCAGAUAUUGUAGUUAUAGGCUCAGGACCUGGAGGCUAUGUAGCGGCUAUAAAAGCUGCCCAAUUGGGUAUGAAGACUGUAUGCAUAGAAAAGAACCCUACAUUAGGAGGCACCUGCCUUAAUGUGGGAUGUAUUCCCUCUAAGGCCCUAUUGAACAACUCUCACUAUUACCACAUGGCACAUUCUGGCGACCUAGCUAGUCGUGGUAUUGAAGUUUCGGGGGUUACCUUAAAUUUGGUAUCAUUGAUGGGUCAGAAAGAAAAGGCAGUCAAAGCUUUGACAGGAGGUAUAGUACAAUUAUUCAAGAAGAACAAAGUGACAUUGGUGAAUGGUCAUGGUAAAAUUACUGGUGUGAAUCAAGUAACUGCACUAAAAGAAGAUGGUUCAACUGAGGUUGUAAACACUAAGAACAUUUUGAUAGCUACUGGAUCAGAGGUUACCCCAUUCCCAGGUAUAGAGAAAAUUUGUUUUUUAAAGGUUGAUGAGGAGCAAAUUGUAUCGUCGACGGGAGCCUUGUCACUAAAAGAAGUACCAAAGAGGUUAAUUGUUAUUGGAGCUGGUGUCAUUGGUGUAGAAUUGGGCUCUGUCUGGUCAAGGCUAGGAUCAGAAGUGACAGCUGUCGAAUUCAUGCCUAGCAUAGGGGGCAUUGGCAUUGACGGAGAAGUAGCGAAAACCUUCCAGAGGAUACUUCAAAAGCAGGGCUUGAACUUCAAACUGAGCACGAAAGUAACAGGAGCAACGAAAGAGGGUGGUGUUAUUAAAGUUAAUAUAGAAGAUGCCAAAGAUUCUGAAAAGAAGGAAACGUUGGAAUGCGAAGUCCUCCUUGUCUGCGUCGGAAGGAGGCCUUACACACAUAAUCUUGGCUUGGAAGAAUUAGGCAUUGAAAAAGACCAGAGGGGUAGGAUCCCUGUAAAUUCAGUAUUCCAAACAGUUAUUCCAAAUAUCUAUGCUAUCGGCGAUUGCAUUCAUGGUCCCAUGUUGGCGCAUAAGGCUGAAGAUGAAGGCAUUGUAUGCGUAGAAGGAAUCUUGGGUGGUCCCGUUCAUAUAGAUUACAACUGUGUGCCAUCAGUCAUCUAUACUCACCCAGAAGUCGGCUGGGUUGGCAAAUCCGAGGAAGACCUGAAGAGCGAAGGCGUUGAAUACAAAGUAGGAAAAUUCCCGUUCGCGGCCAACUCGCGAGCGAAAACGAACAACGAGACCGACGGUUUCGUCAAAGUGCUGGCGGACAAAGCGACAGACCGCAUUCUGGGCACGCACAUCAUCGGGCCAUCUGCCGGCGAACUGAUCAACGAAGCGGUUUUGGCUCAAGAGUACGGGGCGUCCAGCGAGGAUGUCGGCAGGGUGUGCCACGCUCAUCCCACGUGCGCAGAGGCGCUCAGGGAGGCCAACGUCGCGUCGUACUUCGGCAAACCGAUCAACUUUUAAGAGCAAUGAUUUUUUAACCCAUCGACGGCUGGUGAGACGGAUACUGCGUGUUUAAUUUUCGUCAAGCGGAUGAUCGGGAGGAUAUAAAAUAUAUAGGUAUUAAAGUUCCGGAACCCUACGAUAAUUUGUGAAUGGUAUGAAAACACUAAGCCCCGCGAUUGAUAGCAGUUUUCCCAAGCUAUGACCUUGACGAUGAUCUUCAAGGUCAUUUGAAGGUCAAGUCCAUUUUUCAAUCCGUAAACGGAAAUUUUACGUUCAACUAUGGUCUUGGCCAUUCUUAAAUUUUGACCUUGGGAGGUCAUGGCCAAGGUCAAACUCAGGUACACGUUACAAAAUUAGUUUUGACAACUAUAUUUUGUAUGAUGUAAAAGAUUAGGUCAUGUUCAACCUUAUGAAAAUGUCAUGUCAGUUGAGGUUCUCAUCAUUUCGUCGAUUUGUACAUAGCUUUAAUCUAAGAGUAAGUUAUUUAUGAGUUGUAAAAGUAGAGAUUAGCUUAUAGUCUCUAAAUAAAAAUAUUUCGGUAUCCCGGACCAUAUGAUUGGAAGACAUAUUUUCUCAAUUUACCUAAAUAUCAUUCAUUGCUAUUUAGCUCAGCGCCACCACUGUCAGAUAUUUUUUUAAUAACAUUUCUGUGUAUUUUUAUUUGUACUUUGUUGUUAUGAUUGCUUGUUAAUUAUCAAAUAAAAAAAUGGCACCUAUUUUUGUGUAUUUUUUUUGCUAUAGUCAUUACCUUUGUAGUUUUGUAUUCCUGACCGUUGACGUCAAUCUACUGUUCAGGACGGAACUGCAUAAGAGGAAGCGGAAGAUUUGGGUAAUGUUAUAG